AUGAGCCGCCCGUCCUCCACCGGCCCCAGCGCUAACAAACCCUGCAGCAAGCAGCCGCCGCCGCAGCCACAGCACGCUCCGUCCCCGGCUGCGCCCCCGGCCGCCGCCACCAUCUCGGCUGCGGGCCCCGGCUCGUCCGCGGUGCCCGCCGCGGCGGCGGUGAUCUCGGGCCCCGGCGGCGGCGGCGGCGGCGGCGGCGGCGGAGGGGCUGGCCCCGUGUCUCCGCAGCACCACGAGCUGACCUCGCUCUUCGAGUGCCCGGUUUGCUUUGACUAUGUCCUGCCCCCCAUCUUGCAGUGCCAGGCCGGGCACCUGGUGUGUAACCAAUGCCGCCAGAAGUUGAGCUGCUGCCCGACGUGCCGGGGCGCCCUGACGCCCAGCAUCAGGAACCUGGCUAUGGAGAAGGUGGCCUCGGCAGUUCUGUUUCCCUGCAAGUAUGCGACCACGGGCUGUUCCCUGACCCUGCACCACACCGAGAAGCCGGAGCAUGAAGACAUCUGUGAAUACCGUCCCUACUCUUGCCCUUGUCCUGGUGCUUCCUGCAAGUGGCAGGGGUCCCUGGAAGCCGUGAUGUCCCAUCUCAUGCACGCCCACAAGAGCAUCACCACCCUUCAGGGAGAGGACAUCGUCUUCCUGGCCACAGACAUUAACCUGCCAGGAGCUGUGGACUGGGUGAUGAUGCAGUCGUGUUUCGGCCAUCACUUCAUGCUGGUGCUGGAGAAACAAGAGAAGUAUGAGGGCCACCAGCAGUUCUUCGCCAUCGUCCUGCUCAUCGGCACUCGCAAGCAGGCGGAGAACUUCGCCUACAGACUGGAACUGAACGGAAACCGGAGGAGACUGACCUGGGAGGCCACGCCCCGGUCCAUCCACGAUGGUGUGUCCGCAGCCAUCAUGAACAGCGACUGCCUGGUGUUCGACACAGCCAUAGCGCAUCUUUUUGCAGAUAAUGGGAACCUCGGCAUCAAUGUGACUAUUUCUACAUGUUGUCCGUGACGCACUGACAUGAUUUGGGCGUGGCACUCUCUGGUUAAUAAAGGUUUUUAUAGGUGUUUUAUUCACAAUGUCUUCACAAGUCAGGACCCACAGUUUCCCCGUGUCCUGUCUGAACGGCAGCUUCCCAUCUGGCACUGGCCCAACGAAGUUCAUUAAACCGGGACAGAGGAGGUUGGCCAGUUAGUCGUUUGGAGGCCAUCCUAUGAUCGGAAAUCAACUUGAUUAUUAAAUUUUACUUCCUUCCUGAACAGCACCUGACAGGUUGCUUGGGCUCCUCUAAGACCAGGAUGUUUGUUAGGAAUUGGAGGCUCCUUCCUGCCUCCCUAUAUUGGUCCCUCCAAGUUGACGAAAGCACAGUGACUGUCAGCAGAGUCCUUAACUUUGCUUUUACCUUGUGUUUAAGGAGGUAGGAAUUGUUUUACUACAUUUUAAACAGUGUUUCUCAAACCGGAUGGCUAACCAGUGUGCACAGAAUCAAUGGAGUGCUUAUCUGAAACAUGCAAUUUCGGGAGCCUGCGAAUUUAACAAUCUCAUCAGGGGAUGCUUUCCAACAGUAAAGUUUGAGAACUACUGGGUAAAUUGUGGGAAAGGGUCCAGAUUUUAAAGGUGCUUUCCGAUUACCCUCUACUGAUUUGUCUGUCUUUCUAUUUCAUCCACACACCCCCACUCCCAGAUUAAAACAAGAACCACAGAUCCCCACAAACACAGUCCUGAGAUCUAGUCACUCUCUUGUGUUUGGGAGGGACUGCCUAGGAAAGCAGAAAGGGUAGCCAUUGAUAGCUCUCACGUAGUUAGUUUUUGCUCAUCACUAGUACAAAUGACCUGUUUACACCUGGCUUCCCUCAGAGGCCCUCCUUAACUUAGAUGGUGGGAAAGACUAGAUCAGUAGAAUUGGAAAAGCUUUAUAACCAGUGUCAUAUGCUUGCUAUUUAAAGGUAUGUGUUGGGUUUGGUUUGUUGGGUUUUUUUUCCACAUUCACUUUAGUUUUUUAAUAAAUAUUUUUCAAAAAUGAA